AUGCUUGGGGAUAUGCCCACGCCAUCGACAUCGGUUGACGUCUGCAUGUACGAUGGAUUCGGGCUGAACAGCGGUCUGACGAUCACAGGUGGCGACGGGGCACUAUUAGUCAAUGGCGAGGCCUUCGUAUGGCGGCCAUGGGAGGCAAAUGAGUCGAAGCAUCUUCUGAACAGCAAUGGCCAGUUUGAGCUUCCCAAUGAGGCACUCGGUGUAUUCGAUCUGCUGUGGCCGCGUCCGGAUUUACUCGUCAUCGGUGUCGGAAAACACAACUUGCCGCUCAGCCCAGAAACCAGGAAGAACAUCGCUAAGCUUGGCAUGAGGGUGGAGGUUUUAGAUACGAGAAACGCCGCGGCACAGUUUAAUUUGCUUGCUACUGAGCGAGGGGUAUCUGAGGUUGCAGCAGCCCUGAUACCUAUGGGGUGGAAGGAGGGCGUUGGCGCAGGGGUCGCCUAA